AUGCAGCGGCUCCUACCACGGAAGGUGAAUUGGAAAAAAGAAAUCCGCGAAUCCCCAGUGGUCAAUCAGUUUCGAGACAGGCUGCCCGACCGCGACUCAAUCGAGCAGCUCCGGUCCAUCACGGAUGGUUUUAUAGACGCCUCGUCCCGGACGCCUUUCAGCAGGCAGGCCUACUAUCGUGAAACAAGCCAAUGCGACGAUCUUUUCGCCGAACAACUGCGCGAUCUCUCGACCGACGACCCGUUCCUGGAAGCGGGCAUCGUGGCCUGCGCCCAUGUGGUGACGGCCAAGUGGGGCCGUGAUCGACUCCACAGGCUGCAACGCAUACACCUGGACAACCAUGAGACGAUCUUUAACGAAAGAGUGCCCGCUUAUCUCCGGUGCCUCACCCUAGUCCAUUCCGUCCGGCGUGACAUAGUGACGGACCUUGAGGCACAGGCAGCCAAGGAGAUGUUGGCGGCGAUUAGCGCCAAGAAGGCACGAUCCCGUUUUCCGUCCAUCUGGGGUACGCUCGAACACGUUGGGCGGGACGAAGAUGACCGCUUGCUGUCGGACCUGCUGGUAGAAACCAUUUUGCGCUCCACAAAUAUCAGAAACGCCCUGUCCGGGGAAUUGGAAACGCUGCGGGCCACGCAAAGAUGGGUGCAAGCAUACCGUAUUUGCCAGGAGCUUCAGAGCGUAACCGCGUACACCCGGGUAGCUCACAUUAUUCGAGACCUCCUUCCGAAUUACCCAAUGUGGGCAUCGUGGCAACCGAGUCCUUCACGUAUCACGUUGUGGGAAACGCCGACGUUGUUCCCCUACCGGGCCCGGCUCGCCUCUGUGCUGGAGCUCGAAGGGCCGGACGUGACGGGCAGACAGCAAAGAGUGCUGCGCCUCUCUAGCACCGGGACGUUCGACAUCUCCCACACGUCCAUGGGCAUGCACAUCCUGGAAGAGCUGCUCGACACCCUAGAUGUGGCCGCGGCAAUUGGCAGCGGGGCCGUCGACUUCUUCCUGGCGUCCUGCGUCGAGCCCACCCCCUUGAACGAGCGGUUCCUGCGGCGGCUGAAACAAGGGCUGAGCCUGAAAGACGACGACGCGGGGCGAGCGCUCGCCCACUUGACCCGCGCCCUGGCCCCCAACACUCCCAUGCACGACCGGAUGACGGCCUUCACGGACGCGCUGCCCGUCUUAGGCCGGUCCAUGGACCUGCAAAUGGCCUUUGGCUCGGCCGCUCACCUGGCGAUGUUGGCGCACGAAACUUUGACCAAGGUCCAGACGCAGUUUGGACGGGCCGUCGAGCGCGGGGACGAUUCCGAGGCCUUUGGCCUGCGCGUGCAGGCUUUGGCGUCUGCCAUGCUGGCGUCCGAGUGGCUGCACGGGCAUUGGACCCUCUGUACUUGGACAUGCUCCGCGACGUCCCGCCCGCGUCCACCGUGCGAGCGACUUUCGAGACCCUGCGAAAGUCGAGCCCGGACAGUCGUCAGCCCUUGGUCCGGCGUCUGCUGGUCACUCUCGCCUCUCUCGACCCUCGACAGGCCUCCCCACGCCGUAGCAAGCGCACCGGCGGAGCAGGCAAACGUGGUGAUGUUUGACGACCCGGUCUGGUUCGAGGACAUGACCAACGAGCUCGACAGGCUCCGCGCGACCAUCAAGCGGAUCAAGGACAUCGACUCCGACCUAGCUACGCAGUGCGUGCGGCAGUCCAAGCUGGAGAAACCCAGCUUCGUCAGCGACCUCGUGACCCGUCUGCAGGAUAACGACCAGGCCUCCGUCUCCCUGGCCGCGUGUAUUCGUAUGCGCGCGAACACGUGGAUGGAGAGGCGGGCCGACGACGCAUGCUGGACGGAGCUUCUCACGCACACGAUGCGCAUGAGGCCGCCGGGGCUGCUGGACAGGCUGGCAAAGGUGCUGCCGCCGCCCUCGUGGGAGAGGUGGGUGGAGAAUUUGAAUGCACUCUACGGCGGGGAUUUGCCGGACCUUGGGGGACCUUGGCUUUACGAGGCAAUCGAUCUCUGA